AUGGCGAUGGCUGAGGGUAAAGUUGCAUCUUUCACAAGUCUACAAGGUCCACCGAAAGUACACACCACUGUACGACGCAAAGAGGACAUCAUCACCGUCAACGCUAUGACCACCACACUCGACAACGCAGAACACCAAGACGAGUUCUUUCGUUCCAUCCAACUCGUAGAUUCAUCCGAAAUGUCAGAGAUGAGAGGUGGGACGAAACCUUUGAAGGUGAGGAAAAGGGCGCAACCUGUCCGCGUGGUUGUCGGUGGUCCCGCUCGUCGACAUCGGUCCACCAUCACUCUCCCUCGUUCCCCCCAUUCCGCCCGUUCCUCCAAAUCUUUCCGACCAGCUUAUACACUGUCCUCACCGACCUCACCCCAGACACUCAUUCGUCAACUCCACUCCCGCUCUCAGUCAAUCAAAACCAUCAGCACCCAAUCUCAAUCUCACCGUACCCCUUCCCUCUCUUCCACACAUUCUCGAGCCCAUCAAUCCAUUUCCCGUCUUUUCAUGUCCCUCGUGGAGAAUUCUGAUUCACCCAUCUCACCACUGGUCAUGUCACCUCCUAUCCCUUUCACCAAGUCAAAGACUAGACAAUCACGUUCUUCCUCUGGACAAUCAGAACUUCAUUUAGGAUUAGGAAAAUUCACGUUAUACGACGAAUCUGCUAAACCACUACCAUCCCCACCUUCUUCUCCUCUUCUCUCCCCAAGACAUUUGCAAAAGAUUUUACCUCCAUCACCUUUCACUCCAACCCCCAUGACUCCCUCUCGUGCACCUAGGAAAGCAGCAGCAUUGUUAGGUACAGGUGCCGCCUAUUCUGCUCCUGUACAUCGAGGAAAGAAAAGGAAAGAACACUUCCGACCAUUACCUUCUUCAACUUUAUUAGAGAUUGAGAGGUUCUUUGGGGAGACACCAAGACGGCAGAAGAAAGUUCCAUCAGGGGUGAAACUCAAUGCCAACGUGAAAGCUCAGGCGAGAGCGCAUUCAGGGAGAGAUAAGACGAGAGAUGACAUGGGAGCAGGGAGAAGGUUGGGACAUGUGGGAGAAGAUGGUAGUAUGUGGUUGGAUGUGGAGGAAGAACAAGAGUUUGCUUGGUUGAUGACGGAUUUGGUGUAUCCAGAGUACGCCUCGAAAGAAUUCAAAGUUCACAAAUCUCAAAACCAUCUCGUCGAUAAGGAUGGUAAGAGUGUUCAUAAGGUUCAAGAUGGGGCCAACCUUGAAGUAUUAUAUGAAACAAGUGACGAAGAAGGAUGGGGGAUGAAAGCUUUCACAUCUGUUUUGUCUAUCCCUAAAACCCCCAACAAGGGAAAUAUCCCCACCAAUUUGUCUUCCAAUAUGGUGUCUAUCACGGCGAGAAGAACUCCACGUCCUGAUAACACCCCACAUCCGUGGAACGCACCACUACCUUCCACCCUCUUAGCCUCUACACAACAUGCACGAGCUGCUGCUACAAGUCGGAUGAAUGUUGGUAGACUCUCACCACGUUCCAACUCGCCAGAAAGCGAUACGAACAGUGGGGUCAUCAGUGCCGGUGAAAGCGUAGGUGGGAGUGGGAGUGGGAGUGGGAGUGGGAGUGAAAGGAGAAAAGAUAAACCUCGACCACCUCCUCUCAAUUUAAAACCUUCAAAACGUAAUCCUAAACUUCCACAUAUCUCCCGAACACCUAUCUCCUCUGACAAGACACAUCAUAAUCGCACCCCCGACGUUCAUCUCCGCGACGAUGAUCAACACCAUCAUCUUGCCCAGAUCAACACUCAUCAUCUUCGUGACGUAGACAAGAGCGGUAUCGGGCGUAAAGACAACAUAGCCAUUCCAGAUUCAGCAACCUUACCAAAUGGUAUCACCUCUUUUCCCAAACUAUCAUCCCAUAGGAGUGUAUCUGAAAAAGAUAUCCCAGGAACUCCAUUCGUACAUCCUCGAAAAGCCCCCAAACCGAAAGACGCAAUACCUCCCGUACCUCUGAUCCGGCUUUUCUCUGGGAAAGAUGUGGUUGCACCCAAAUCCCGAAAUCCCAUCAGGGUAGCGGCAGAGAGAAGGGAUACUGAUUCCAAGGCUGGCAAAAGGUCACGGGCGGAGGGAAAGAAUUUGAAUCCAGAAUAUGGAAUCAAGACUCAGGGAGAAAUGAGAGGGUUAGAUUUCGGUUUUGACAUAAAAAGACAAAAAGAUCUUGAGGUAUCUGAUAAGUUAGGAUUGGGAUCACGAAGGACUGAUGCUGGACGAGUCAAAGCGACUUCGAUCGGGAUUGGGAUGCAAGGGAUGAGAAAUGAUAGAUAUGUCGUUAGGAAGGGAACGGAAGAAAGAGGUAAAGAAAAUGGGAUAUCCUUUUUCGAUCCUGUCACUCCUACCACCAAAAAAGGAUGGUUUAGAAAAGUUCAAGAUGCCGUCCGAACGAAAUGA